AUGCGCGCCGCGGCCUCCCCCCUGUGGCGCGUCCUCUCGACCGGCAGGCGCGUCCCGGCGGCGCCGGCGCGCCAUGGCGCCCGCGUCGUGGCCCCGUUGGCCACCGCCGUCGAGUCCCCCAUCGCACAGGACGUCAAUCCCGCGCAGAUCCUGCGCAACGUCCGGCCCAAGCUGCUGAUCGACGGCGACUUUGUUGAUGCGGCCUCUGGCAAGACCUUCCCGGUGCUGGACCCCAGAACGGAGGACGUGAUCGCCCAGGUGGCCGAGGCCGACGCCGCUGACGUGGACAGGGCCGUGGGCGCCGCGCGGAGGGCCUUCGACAGCGGGCCCUGGAGGAAGAUGUCGGGCCGGCAGCGAGGGAGGGUGCUGUCGAGGCUGGCCGACCUGGUAGAGGAGCGCGCGGAGGAGUUCGCGAGGAUCGAGACGCUGGACAAUGGCAAGCCGCUGGCGAUGUCGAGGGAGGGCGACAUUCCGUUCGUCGUGUCGCAUUUCCGGUACUACGCGGGAUGGGCAGACAAGAUAUCGGGGAAGACGCUGCAGACGAACGGCAACACGUUCGCGUACACGCUCCACGAGGCGGUGGGCGUGGUGGGCCAGAUCAUCCCCUGGAACUUUCCGCUGCCGAUGCUGGCUUUCAAGGUGGCGCCCGCACUGGCGUGCGGCUGCACGGUGGUCCUGAAGGUCGCCGAGCAGACCCCCCUGUCUGCCCUGCUCUUCGGCGAGCUGGCCCUUGAAGCAGGCGUGCCUCCAGGCGUCUUCAACAUCCUGCCUGGCUAUGGCCCCACUGCCGGCGCCGCCCUUGUCGCCCAUCCUGGCGUGGACAAGAUCUCCUUCACAGGCAGCACCGAGGUGGGGCGCGAAAUAAUGCGCGGCGCGGCCGAUGGCAUCAAGCACGUGUCGCUGGAGCUGGGCGGGAAGUCCGCGGCCAUCGUCUGCCCUGGCGUGGACAUGGAGUCCGUCGUGGAGGACACCCACGUUGCGCUUUUCUUAAAUCAAGGCCAGGCCUGCUGCGCGGCGUCGCGCACCUAUGUGCACGAGAGCCUGUACGACGAGUUCGUGGAGAGGGCGGUGGAGCGGGCGCAGCGAGCGACGGUGGGGGAUCCCUUCGGGGACGUGCAGCUGGGGCCGCUGGUGGACUCGGCGCAGUUUGAGAAGGUGCUGGGGUACAUGCGUGAGGGAGAGGCUCAGGGGGCGGUGAUUGGAUGCGGUGGCUCGCGUGUUGGAUCCAAGGGGUACUAUGUCGAGCCCACUGUGUUUUCGGAUGUGCGCGACGAGAUGAGUAUAGCGAAGGAAGAGAUAUUUGGCCCUGUUCAGUCCAUCAUGAAGUGGAGCAGUGUCGAAGAAGUUCUGGACCGCGCGAAUGCGAACCCCUACGGCCUGGCCGCAGGCGUGUGGACGAAGGACCUGGAUUUGGCAAAUCGUCUGAGCCGUGGACUGAGAGCUGGAACGGUGUGGAUAAACUGCUACAACGCAUUCGACCAUGCUGUUCCGUUCGGGGGCUACAAGAUGAGUGGCUUCGGACGCGAUUUGGGCGAAUACGCACUGAGCAACUACAUGGAAGUGAAGGCAGUGGUGACGCCCCUCAAAGACCCUGCGUGGAUCUGA